AUGGAAGAUGCAGGCGACCUCGAUGAUGACUUGUUUGGCUCUGAAGCUGAAAAUCCCGAUGCUGGAGUGCGCGGGUUGAGUGACAGAGAGUUAGAUUCAGGAGACGAUGAAGACAGAAAUGAUAGAGCUCCCGAGAGAGACGCCGAGGAGAUCGAUCAUGAUUCACAAAGAAAUGCGCGUGUUCUGGACUCAACAGUAUGGAGGCAUCCAUUACCAAAGCCUUCUGACGGAGAGUUCAACACUUUACGACUACCAAAGUUUCUCGGCAUAGAACCGCGUCCUUAUGACCCCGAAACAUUCGAAUUGCCUGUAUCCGAUCAUCACACAAAUACAAAAUCCGCAAACUUUUCUGCGAGUGCUGUUGCUAGUUCUACUAUGCGCUACCGAAAGAACCCAUCCACUGGCAAAUUGGAGAGCAAUACCGUUGUAUACAGAUGGAGUGAUGGGAGCACAACAAUCUCAGUCGGUGACCAACACUACGAAUUGCAGACUAAGCCUCUUGCACCACCAAAGGAUAGUAAGACAUAUCAAGAAGUACAAGAUUCGCACUCAUACGUCGCUUCCCCCUCGAUUGCAUCUCAGUUGUUGGUCAUGGUUGGCCAUAUGUCAAAUCAGUACACCGUUAGACCGAACAAGGACAUUGAAGAUGAUGCAUUAGAGAAACUGCAAAGAAGCUUAGCAGCUGCUACUCGAGGAGGCAACAAGGGAGAUGAUAAGAGUGGUCCCCAAGUGAUCACCAAUACCCAAGAUCCUGAGCUACAAAAGAAGAGGGCAGAGAUAGCUGAGAAAGAAAGACUGAAGGCUCAGCGCCGCCGCGAGACUGCAGCUGAAAAAGCGAGCUUGCCACGACGUCCAGGUGGUGGCUUGAGCGUGGAAGAUUUGGAAGGCCGCGGAGGGUCAAGGGCUUCUGGAUCGGGGCGUAAGCCUCCAGGUGCUAAACGCCCAAGAAGAAGACCAGAGUACGAUUCAGACGAUGAUCUCCCACGAGGCAGAAAUAGGGAGGACGAGUACGACAAGGAGGAUGAUUUCCUUGCUUCCAGCGACGAGGAUCUUGAAGAGGGAGCGGAAGACGAAGAUGAAGAAGAGGAAAUGGUUGACGACGAGAGCGAAAGAGAGGAGCCAAGAUCCAAGAAGCUGAAGUCAUCCAAACCGGAGGAGUCGAGCGAUGCUGAUGCUGACGCUGAAGCGGACUUGGACGACGAGGCACCUCCUCCCCCAGUUACCAGCGAGUCUACUGGUGGUAGAGGCAGAAAGCGUAACAUCAUUGAGGAUGAUGACGAUGAUGAGUGA